AUGCUUAUAUCACAACGCUUUUUGGUUCUUCUUAUCUACAGUUUUAUGGUUCACGCAAAUCGAGUAGAUCAGUGUUGCCGAUCUAAUGGAGUUCCUGAGAAUUGUGUGAAAACGCUGUGCUAUCCGUUAAAUCCACCCGGCGACUUUGCUAUCUACGACAUAUUCCAGAAGAAGAAUAAUUGUUCGAAACAUCUGCCUCAGAUCGCUGAAUGCCUCUCUGAUGGUCGUGACCACUCACAUUGUUGUCGGUCUGAGGCAAAGGACAUGGACGAGACAGCUUGUUUUGGGCUCUGCGAGGGCUCGGGGUAUACGACUAAGAAUCUGAAGAAUUAUCAGACUUGUUUAGCCAUCAAUUUGGCCAGUAUGUUCAGUUGCUUUCAACGAGGCUACGAGAAGAGUCCAAGUCAGCCGACAAAUGUGAGGAUGGAAGAUGUCGGAACGACCAGCAUAACGAUAGCAUGGGACGAACCUGAGCACAAUUCGGAUGCUGUUGCCAACUAUAUUUUGUUUGUGCAAGAGAAGAUCCUUGACGCCCCGGACAACGCCAGCUUUGUUAAAGGGCUCGAACCAAAAGAAAUUACGAUGGAAGUCGAUCGUACUCAAAUAACAGUGACCGAUCUUGAACCCGGUACAAGCUAUAAUGUUCACGUAACAGCUGUCGGUGCCUCCUCCGAAGAAAGGUCCUUAUCGACGGAUGUUUUGGCAAUUCAAACUACAGGCGUGGCCCCGAAGAUCCAUGGCUAUAACGACGUUGUUCAUUCGCCCGAGAAAGCGCCAAGUGUUGUUUUAGCAUGCAGCAUCCACAUGAGCAGCAUCUCGAAGGAGUCUACCAAGUUUCAAUGGUAUCACAAAGCUCCUGGCGGUAGUGUGAAAUCGUUGGACAACAGUUCCAAAUACAACGUCUCGUACUACGUAUUCUCUUACGAACGCCCACGGGAGUACGUAACCACAUUGGAAAUUAAAGAUUUAAAAGAUGCUGACUUCGGGUUGUAUCAAUGUUCUGUUUCUGACAAGUAUGGCAGCGCAGAAGCCGAGGUCCAAUUGGCUUUAUCAUCGGACCCUACUACUGCCAACCAACAGCCUCCGGAAACACCGCUGGAAUGUUGUAAAAGGCGCGGCGUUGACAAUCGAUGUCUUCCAAUGUGCGGUGCCGGCCAUGACUCGACAGAUACAAAACGAUAUAUACCACGGCCAUAUAUGCCUUCAAACUGUGGAAGUAUGAUCGGAAAGGUAUUGUCAUGUGCCAUGCCAGGCGUCAACGACGGCGGAUGUUGUCUUCGAGAGCACGUUCCUAGAGCGUGUAUGUAUCUUUGCGACUCGAGCAUUACACCAAUUAACCAAAUGGACCCAAUGUGCAUACAACAUAUGAGUUCAGUCGAGAAAUGCCGCGUUUUUGGUGUUCAACAACGCCCGACUCUACCUGACGCUAAUCUGGAAACGGCUGGGCCAGACACAGUUACUCUCAAAUGGGACACAAAACCGAAUGCCUUAGUAUACCAUAUUUAUUGGCGAUCUGGCAAUGGGGAAUGGCAGAAGAAGACGAGCAAAGGCACCACUGAGAAAGUGGUCAGUGCCGAGGAGAUCGUUCUGGUCGCGGCCAAUACGUUUGGCCUUUCUCAGGCCGUGCGCUUUGGCCAAGAGAACGGGAAGUGGAAUCGGUCCGGCUGA